AUGAAAGGCUCUUUCGUCUCCGUAAUUGCCACUGUAGCAAUCGCCAAUGCAGCACCCAACUUCUCUCCGCUGCAAGCGGCCUUGUCCAGUUUCCACCUGACACCCCAGAUUUUGAAAACCAUCAUUAAGCCAGUUCAGGUUGCCUUGGAGCGAAACACGCAUGUAACCCGCGAAGGAACCCAGUUGAAACUGAAUGGAGCUGCUUGGACCGCAUCCGGUGCAAACGUGUACUGGCUCGGGCUUGAUGAGAAUGUUAUUCCUCCUCCUGGAGAGCCAUUCUACCCCAAGUUCAACGCGAGCUACCCGUCGAAAGGACGAGUCGUUGAAGUCAUGAAUACUCUUCAGGUAAUGGGUGCAAGAACCAUUCGAAGCCAGACGCUGGGGAUUAGUGUCGGAAACCCACUCAGUCUGAUGCCUAGUCUCUAUGAGUGGAACGAAGCAGCAUUUGAGCCUAUUGACUGGGCGAUAUUCCAGGCCCGUCAACAUGGUCUGAGAGUUCAAGUUCCUCUUAUUGACAAUUAUGACUAUUACCAUGGCGGGAAGUUUGACUUUUGUCGAUUUCGAGGCAUCAACGUCACCGGGGCAGACGGAUAUGGCAAAGUCGAUCCUCGAAUUCAACAAUUUUACACAAAUCCAGUCAUCGUUAACGACUUCAAACGCUACGUGAAGAAGCUCAUUACGCACGUCAACCCUUAUACUGGAUUGAGCUACGCCGAUGACGCCACCAUCUAUGCCUAUGAAACGGGAAAUGAGCUCAGCGGCCCCAUCUUUAGAGACAUGAACGUACCAAACGAGUGGACGACGGAAAUAGCCCGAUAUGUCAAGUCUCUUGCGCCCAAGAAACUAAUCAUGGACGGCACAUACGGCAUCAAUAAAACCCAUCUGGGCCUCAAGGAAGUCGACAUAUUCUCCAAUCACUUCUACCCCACAAAUACCACCGUUCUCCAGGAAGACAUUGCCAUUGUGCGAGCAGCAGGCAAGACGUACAUGGCAGGCGAAUACGACUGGACAGCAAACGUAAACUCAGCUAGUCCUCUGGAAGAGUUUUUCGGAGAGAUUGAGAAGCAACAGAAAAACUCGAAGCCCACUGCCAUUGGCUCUCAAUUUUGGUCCUUGUUUAUGCACAACGUCCCGGAUUGUAAUCAAUUCGUUAACCAUACUGAUGGGUUUUCACUACAGUAUGGGAACCCGCUGAACAGUGUGCACAAUAAUACGCAAAUAUCCAAGGUACGCAAGCACAUGUUUGCUAUGAAGGGAAUCAAGGUGGAUGACUACCUGCCCGCUGUUUCGUGUCCAGGAUUCGAAGCAGAGUAUACAUAUCAGUAG